GCUUGCGGCGGGCGCGGGGGCGACCGCCGGCUGGGGGUGGGUGACGGAGGGCAGCAGCUGCCGCCGACGCCGCCGUCGCAAGAGGAGCCUCUGGCCGGGGCGGCCGGACCCGCUGCCCGAGGAGGACGGGGCGAGGAGCAGAGUUGCCAUGUCACCCUUCCUGAGGAUUGGGCUGUCCAAUUAUGACAGUGGCCCCUACCUCCCAUCGCAAGGAGACGUGAUCGAUCCCUAUUGCGCCGUGAUAGUGAAGGAGGCGAUGGAGGCCGAGAAAGGCCAAGUGUUUGUCCAGAAGAAGCCGACAAUGUAUCCACCUUGGAACAGCACUUUCGAUGCCCACAUCCACAAGGGCCGGGUCAUGUCCGUUGUGGUGAAGGACAAGACGGCGGAGAUGGUCUCGGAGACCACCGUGGAACUCAACCUUGUUGCUGAAAAAUGCAAGAGAAAUAACGGGAAAAUUGAAAUUUGGCUUGAACUAAAACCCCAAGGAAGGAUGUUAAUGAACGCAAGAUACUUUUUGGAAAGUACCGAUGAUCCAGAGUUUAUCGACUGCGAAAAGGAGGGUUUUUUCUCGCUACAUCAACGGAGGGGAGCCAUUAAGCAAGCGAAGAUUCAUAAUGUCAAGUGCCACGAGUUUACAGCCACUUUCUUUCCCCAGCCCACGUUCUGCUCUGUUUGCCACGAAUUUGUCUGGGGGCUUAACAAGCAAGGCUAUCAGUGCAGACAAUGCAAUGCUGCCAUUCACAAGAAGUGUAUUGACAAAGUCAUCGCAAAGUGUACUGGAUCAGCUAUCAACAGUAGAGAAACCAUGUUCCACAAGGAGAGGUUUAAGAUCGACAUGCCCCAUCGCUUCAAGGUAUACAAUUAUAAAAGCCCCACCUUCUGCGACCAUUGUGGAACACUGCUCUGGGGCCUGGCACGGCAGGGCUUAAAAUGCGAUGCCUGCGCGAUGAACGUCCACCACAAAUGCCAAACCAAGGUGGCGAAUCUUUGCGGCGUGAACCAGAAACUCAUGGCGGAAGCGUUGGCACUCAUUGAGAGCAGGCAACAAGCACGAGGUCUACGUGAUUCAGAGCAGAUUUUACGAGAAGGACCGGUUGACAUCUCCUGCGUGAAGGAGGAGCAGCCAGAAGCCCCAACAGGCAGAAAAGAGCCACAGGGAAUUUUCUGGGAAUCCCCAGCAGACGACAUCCCAGUUUCGGAUUCUCCAGUGGAACUGGAACCGAGGAGAGACAUCCAAGCGGAAUUGCCAAAGUUAACCAUAGAUGACUUUUACCUGCACAGAACACUGGGGAAGGGAAGUUUUGGCAAGGUUUUCCUUGUGGAACUCAAAACCACAAACCAGUUUUUCGCCAUGAAAGCCCUGAAGAAGGAGGUGGUCCUGAUGGAUGACGACGUGGAAUGUACCAUGGUGGAGAAGCGGGUCCUCUCGCUGGCUUGGGAGCACCCAUUUCUCACCCACGUCUUCUGUACUUUCCAAACGAAGGAGAACCUCUUUUUUGUCAUGGAGUACCUCAGCGGCGGAGACCUGAUGUUCCAUAUUCAGAACUGUCACAAAUUUGAAAUGGACCGCGCAAGGUUCUAUGCUGCUGAAAUCAUCUGUGGAUUGCAAUUCCUUCAUUCCAAAGGCAUCAUCUACAGAGACCUCAAGCUUGAUAACGUUCUCCUCGACAAAGAAGGCCACAUCAAGAUUGUUGACUUUGGAAUGUGCAAAGAGAACAUGUUAGGGGAUGCUAAAACCAGCACCUUCUGUGGGACCCCCGAUUAUAUUGCCCCUGAGAUUCUUCUUGGGCAGAAAUACAACAUGGCGGCUGACUGGUGGUCCUUCGGGGUCCUUCUGUAUGAGAUGCUGAUUGGCCAGUCCCCCUUCCAUGGCCAGGAUGAGGAACAGCUUUUCCAGUCCAUCCGCAUGGACAGCCCAUUCUACCCCCGCUGGCUUGACAAGAUUGCAAGGGACCUCUUAGUAAAGCUUUUCGUUCGAGAGCCAGAGAGACGGUUGGGCGUGAGAGGAAACAUCCGGCAACACGGCUUCUUUCAAGAGAUCUGUUGGGAAGCUUUGGAAAGGAAAGAGAUUGACCCACCUUUCAGGCCUGUUGUGAAAUCGCCAGGAGACUGCAGCAACUUCGACAAGGAAUUCCUCAACGAAAACCCCCGACUCUCCUUGGGAGACCGGGCCCUCAUCAACAGCAUGGACCAAAACAUGUUUAGGACUUUUUCGUUUACCAACCCCAUCAUGGAGAAAUUGCUAUCCUGAAGAACGGCCCGCGAAAGAUGCACCUGUCGAAGUCAACCCAGCAAGAGGGAUGUGACUUCCCGCGCUGGCUUGCACCUCUGUCUACAUAUUACCUUCCCUGAGCAAGCAAGUUUUGAGAGGGCAAAAAAUUGUGAGAUCCUUACACGCCGUGUCUUCUUGAUCACUGAGCAAUCAGGAGGACAGAAGCAUCUGCUUAGAGAGGAACUGCACAACUGCACAAACCUUUUUCAAGACAACAACUGUGGAGGUUUUUGACAGGCUGCAUGCUAUAUAUCCUUCUCGGUUAUAAUGUGUUUCUGGUCCCAUAAUUCCAAGAUCAGGCGCUGGGGAAGCCUUUGGCUAACUUUUCUCCAGGAGUUUGCAAAGUAAGCACGCUACAGAUGGUCCUUGACUUACAGCAGUUUGUUUAGUGACCGUUCGAAGUUAUGACAAUAACAAAAAAAAAUGACCAGUUUUCACACAACUAUUGCAGCAUCCCCACGAUCAGAAUUUGGAUGCUUGGCAGCCAGCAUCAAUUUAUGACCGUUGUGGUCUCCCAAGAGUCACGCAAUCAUCUUUUGCAAUGUCAACAGGGAAUUCAGAUUCCUUUAACGACCGUGUUACUAAUUUAAUUUACUAAUUUAAGGACUGCAAUGAUUCACUUAACAACUUUGGCAAGAAAAGGUCACAAAAUAGGAUAAAACACAUUUGACAGCUCUGUAAACCACAAUUGUGGUUGUAAGUCGAGAACUGUCUACAGUCUGUUUUCUUCUGCUGCAUGAGAAGAUUCAGAAUUUCAACAUUUAUGAAAUAUGGUCCUACAGCAGACACUCAAUAGUGUAUAGGGCAGGGGUAGGCAAACUUGGUGCUUUUAUGACUGGUGGACUUCACCUCCCAGAAUUCCUGAGCCAGCCAUGCUGAGAGGAAAGGGAGAGGUUUCCAUGCUUAGCCAUGCUGGCUCAG